UUCUUAUUGUUACACCAUUUAUCUUUCUUUUGUCUGGGGAGAAGGAGCUCAUGUCGUUGUGUGUCUUUGACUUGAUCUUCUCUACAGGGGCAGAAAUCGACCUUGCAGAGCCAGACAAAGGAAAGCCACUUGAAUCAGAUGGGCGAGGUGGAGAAACGCUUCAGCGCUCUCGCCAGGCAGUGUGCCAUGGUCAAGCAGGCCCACGAGAAACUAGAGCAAAAGUGGAGGAGGCCUUGAAAAUAAUAAAGAAGCUGACUGCCGCAAACGAAGAACAAGAAGCCACCAUUGUGUCACUGACGAAGGAGGUCAGUCACGAGCUGAUCAAGGCCAGGAUGACGUCAGUCAGACGGGACGAGGCCCGCGGUGCCGCAGGCAGAGAGCAGCACAGCGAGCAGCUGCACCACCAACUGAACCUGGAAACUGAAAUGAACAAAAAACUCUGUGAGUAAAAUGUGGCUGUGAGAGCAGAAAAGCUGGAACUGAUGAGCUGUCUGCAGCACACGCAGCAGCUUCUGCUGAGUCAGACGCAGACGGUGCGCAGGGUGGAGCAGCAGCUGCACACUCUGAGGGAGCAGCACCAGUCCCUUAAGCGAGAACAGAGGGCGAUGAGAGAGAGAAGCCAGGCGGCGGAAGAUGAGGUGGCUUAACUGAUGGAGAGCGACUGCGCGUCCAAGCACAGCUGGGACAAAGAGAUGAGUGGCGGCGUUCCUCCAGAGGGCAUCAGAUGAAAGGGAACUCUUAACGAACCCGUGUUAAGCAGUCUGCAGCACUUGGUCUCCUCUCACACACAGUCCAGACCGUCUGGAGGACAUGAGGGUCGCGGCUGAGCGAGAUGCCACUGGAGCAUCUGGAGAAUCAACCGUUCUAAUGCCAUGUGUCUGUCGAUGGAUCCUUAGGCUGGAUGAGCUUAGGACAGAGUGAUGAACGGACUGGAGGGACGGGGGAGAGGGAGCAGAGUUGGAAAGACGAUGCGGGACAGGUAGAAAACGACAGAGACGAGGGAGAAGGACACCAGGAGCUGCGAUUGAACGGAAAGCGAUACGAUGCGAAGGAAGGAGGCAGCGUAGGGGCUCAAACUGCAGACGGAGUAGAGGAGAUCCUCGGGUCAGGGCAGGAACCCGAACGGCCUGAAACAGGAACAACAGGGACGUGCUUGGUGGGGGAGGGAGGAAAGACAAGGUGGCAGGCAGCAGAAACCCCGCUAGCGGCCCAGACGCCCGCCGGUAGGACCACAGGCCAGAGCGCCGCGCAGCAGGUUGACGACCUCCCGGCCGACUGCGGCGCGGAGUCCGACUCCAGCCGCCCGGGUGAACGAUACGAGACGCCCUCGGCCCCGUGCUGCUCCGAUCGGGAGCCAAACCGCGUCGUCCAAGAGGGGCAAAGCCUUCGGUGUGAUGAGGUCACCCCCCUUGCCGAGUCGGUUACUACAAGUCCGAUUUAUCUCGUUCGAGAGAAAACGGAAGCCGAUCUGUCCAGAAAACUUCCUGAACCUCCGAAUCAGUCUGACGUUUGCAGCUCACAGAUCGACGGUGCAUCAGCGGCUCAGUCGGACGGUUGUAGUGUCCCCAAGUCAGGGACAACACAACCUCAACCAGGUGAUCCUUCAGACAUUAGGCAAACCGCUGCAGAACCCUACGACCGCUCUCCUGCUAAAGAGAUGCCGGACGGUGGUACAAAGCAGUCCCCUCUGCUCGGGUCGUCAUCUGCCCAGAGAAGAGCGGAGCUCUCCACAGAUGAGGCACAUGCAUCCUUCCUGCAUCCGUUUGUUCAGCGCCGUCUAUGCACGAUACCUGCGUUCCUCAAAAGCAAGCCCGACAAAGUCCCCUUUGAGGUUACCAGAGCAUCGGAUCUGCUGGGGGCCUCCGGCGUCUCUGGGUCCGUCGCUUCCUCACCGAGGCGCCCGGGAGAGACAGCGGUGGCAGACCCGGAGAGCAGAGCUUCGGGUUCCGCCGCGUCUUUUCCAGUUAGCAGACUCACCAGAUCCAGAUCCGGGUGUAGCAGAGAUCCAAACUCAGCUGAAGGGCCAAGUCCGAGUCCGACUGGGAGUCCCCCUGCUCCCAGGAGAGGGAGGACCAACAGUCAUCGUUCAGAGCCCAGAUGUCCAAAAUCGAGCAGUUCCUCAACACGGAGAAGCUGCGCCUACCCAAAACAAGAAGAACUGAUGACUAAAGGAUUAGCACUCCGUAUCACUCUGUUCCGUCUAGUUGCUUUCACAUCCACUAGAACUUGCUUGUUAUUGAGAUAAGAACCAUAGAUGUGAAAAAGGAUUGUUCAGUUUUGGGCUUAAAUCAUUGCCUGUUCACAGUAAUGUUACAAAAGCAGGCAUCCAUUUAAGUGGAAACGGGUCCUUUCAUUCACUGCCAUCGUGCAAGAGAACAGGGCAGUGAGUUUUCCAUUGGAAUUUGAGUUAUGUUGCUAAAGAUGUUAACAUGCAGUUGUGUGUGUGCGUUGCAACAGAUGCCUUGUCAUAUUAACAAAAUAAAAUAUUUGGCAACUAUCAAAUCACCUAUUUGAGAGAGAAAACAAACAGCGCAGCCAACAGGCGGGGGAAACGCAUUGAAACAACCAAACAUCACAUGCGUUUGGUUUAUUAGAAUGACGCACACACAGUAUGUCAAGGACGAAGCACCGCUGUCUGGUACAAAAGGCCCGUAACUGUUAACAUGCCAAUUAACAUCAAUUAGCGUCAUGGCCAACCAGAGCAGGAGCAGGUGGGCACCAUGUUGUGUCUGCUGCUGUUUUUACAACUUUGGACACCUGUCUUUUAACACCUAUUAGCAUGAAUAGAGAGAUAACAAUUAGCACCCCACAACCCUAAUUAGCAGAAAUCAACUGGCGAACCCUGAGACUAAUUAACAGACGACUGACGAGCCUCUCGUUAACUUUAUGUUCCCUGUUAGGACGGUGUGUGAGCACGAGGCAGCUGACACUGCUACAUCUGCACAGCUUUGAGAGGGGGGGCUGCAACAACAACACCUCUUAAUGGAACAUGCAUUUCAGUGUGUAGCUUUUUGUCUUGGUCUGUGUGGCACAUUGUAUUUUACAAUACGUAAACAUUAUUCUUCUGAAAGCUGUGGAAUAUAGAGUUAGCGCUUUCACAAAACUAUUCACAGAGCCUGUGUGACUGUAGCCCUCUCAAGAAUAUAUCUUGUAUACAAGUGGGAUACAUCGGGUUUCUCUGAUUGGACAUAUCAGGGUAAAGGUGUAGGAAAGGGGUCAAAGAGGACUGUCUUUUUGUACAGUAUUUAUGCCUGUUGGGGACGUUCGUAACGUAUGAAAGUCAAUUGAAAUACUUCCACCUUCAUGUUUUCUCAAUGCAGCAAAUAAAAGAGUGUUCACAGAGAUGGCUGCAGAGUGCAUCUUCUGCUGAGAGACACAAAGCUGUCUUCGUUAAAACGAGAUUCCGCUCACCUUCCUCGAUCGACACUUUGGGGUUGACGGUGGCACGCGGCCUCCUCCUCAGUCACUGUUACUUCGCAUUAUUGACAAUGAAUAUGCCUGAAUGUUAAUGCGCUCAUAAAGAAGAAUCAGGGUUGGAGUGGCUCUGCCCAACGCCGCUGAC